GGGUUUAUACUUUAUGUACAUAUUUUACAUGUAUUCGCGUGUACACAUGUAGACAACUUUUUGUUAUUUGAGUGUAUUUAGUGUUUUUGUGCUUUAACUUACAUUUUUAUUUAAAAUUUGUAAAAAAAAAUAUGCGGAAACUUCUGCAAUUAAAUAAUCUUAAUUGUAUAAUUAGUCGAAUUAAGCGCCGAAAUAUUGAAAAUGAAAGAUUAAAAAUAAAAAAUAUUAAUUGCAUAAUUAUAGAAGCUUGUUCAACAAGAAAUAAAUAAAUGGAAUCAAUAAAGUGAACGUGCAAGUUUUUAAUUGACACAAAAACUUAUAUAUCAAGUUAGCAGCGAUUGUAACGAUUAAUGAUUUCAGUCUGGCGAUAACAAGAAACACCGGCUUCGGAAGUUCAAGGCGCAAAACUAAGUUUAAAUAAUUUUAUUGGCUUAAGCUCAAACAAGGCAGAGCUGCUGCUGUUGCUGCUGCUGGACUGACUGCCUGGUCGCGCCAUAUGGAUUACAAGUUGCUGGAAAAGUUAAAAUAAAACAACAACAACAACUAAAAUGUAGCAAUGCAACAGCGUCGCCGUAUGAGGAAUCUGGAAUGAGUAAAAAAGAAAGCAAAAAACCGCGCAUAAAUUACAACAAAAACACCAACCACUAAAGCAUCACACAAAAGGCAAAGAGCAAAAAAGGAAAUAAAUUUGUAAGCUGGAAUUCGCAGUUCAUACUACCAAAUUGAGAGUAAACUAUACAACAACAAAAAUAAUAAUAACACAACAACAAUAACAACAACGAUAGCAACUGAAUUGAUUGAAUUGCUGAGUCAGGUUAUGCUGCUGCAAUGGAAUGUUGGUAGUUUGCGGCAGCAACAAAUGUUGUUGCUAUUGUUGUUGUUGCAGUUGUUGCUAUAGUAUCAAUUCAACCACUAUAGUGAAGUCUGCGCAUGCGUGUUUCACAUACGCGCUAUUGACCGGAAAAUCAACGUCAACUUUAUUGACAUGCGCAAGAUUUAAUGGUUGAGAACUACAUGCACACACACGCACAUACGCACAUAAUCGUACAUAUAAAUAUAAUAAAAUUCAGCUGUUUAAGAGCAGCCAUAUUCGAAAUCACUUCAACUCGGUCCAAACCUAAGUUGACUUGGGAACCAGUGCUGUGCGUACGAAAGAAACAUGUUAACCGGAACAAAAGUCGUCAGCAUCAGCUACAUAAUAUGCACAUACCAUUGUAUAUAACAGUAAAACGAAGAUAACAAAAUAUUUUCAAUAAAUACAGAAACAAUAAAAAUCGGUAAAAAGUUGUUAAAAUAAACAAAGUAAAACAAAUAAAUCGUCUGCCAACUGCCACCGCCUUCACUGCCUUCACCUCCUUCACUAGCAGUUUGCUUUGCUGCGUUGCUCGAAAUGGAGGAAGAUGUCUUAAAUGCCUUACAAACACGUACGGCCUACUUACCUGGCGGCUAUGAUCGCACGGGCAAAAUCAUUAUUGUUGUUAACAUCAUCAAUGAUUUACAAUUGUGGAAUCGCAGAUGUUUGGAAUUGUCGAUUGCGUACUUAAAAAGUGCGUUGAGCGCCGCUACUUUGCAGCGUGGCGUCACCGUCAUUGUCGAUGCGCAGAAGAGUACAACACGCAUUACGCGUACGCAUGCGCGUAUAAUUUAUAGCCUCUUCGAUGAUAUCACAGUCAAUUUAUUUCUAGUCAGAGCGGAGGGUUUCUGGGAGAAACAUGUGGAGACGUGUACCAACAAAACGCAAACGAAGGGUGAGCCCAUUGUGAUUUCGAGGGCGCGCUUGAUAAAAUAUUUCGACCUGUCACAAUUGCCUGAAGAAUUGGGUGGUGCCUUGUCAUUCAACUAUGAUUUAUGGCUGCAACAAAGGAAGGCCAUUGACGAGUUCCAAAAGACUUUCGAUUCAACGCUCAAUGGCAUGGAGAAUUUGCACGUGGUGCUGCUGAAUAAUAAGUCUUUGCGGCCAACGGAAGCGGAUGCUGAGUUGAAGAAGUGUGCGCAGCUGCAUACAAGUAUACAGCAACAAAUUGAGGUGGUCAUAGAGUUGGGCAAUCGCGUUUUGAAUCGACUAUCUGAAGCAUAUGCGCCACCAAGACCUGUACCACCAAACGCCGGCUAUUUGGGUCAUGACAACAUCGUCGCACAGAGGCAACUCAUCAACGCCAACAACACAAACACCUCAACAGCGCAAUCCUGUCACGAUACACCGUCAAGUCUCACCUGCGUUACCAACCAUACACCCGCCGUUACACGUUUGCCCCUACCGCCGGAUCUUCAGUGUGCACGCGCACGCAUCGAACUUCUACUGAAUCAAAUCGAACGCAAACAAACCGAAAUACGCACUGCGUGGCUGGAACUCUUGCAGAGCAUACGUGAAGCACGUGAACUGGCGCACUUGGAGGAGGGUGUCGCAUUCGUGACGAAUUGGAUACUACAAACGGCCGAACAGAUGCUGAGUCGUCAGUAUAGCAUCGGUGGUGACGUGCACACCUGUGAGAGUUUGCGUGCUGCACACGAUGUACUCGAACUGGAAUGUCGAGAGACGUAUGGCUUCUAUGCAGAGUUGCUAUACAAAAUCGAUGCAUUUGCUGGUGUGCGCGACUCGUAUGCAUUUAGGGAUUUGAUGUCACAACGUGAUUUUAUGCAAUUCGUUUGUCGUUCAUUUGCCACACGCCUGGAGCGUCGACGGAAUGUGCUCAUCACGUCGUUGCGGUUUUUUCGACUUGUCAGCGAAUAUUUCGAUCGGACAACUGCGGUUUUCGAAACACUAGUCAUGGGUAAUAAAAUAGCGGAGGAGAAUUUCGUGGCAGCUGCGGAGAACCUGCAGCAAUUGAAGGAGAGUCAACUGAGUUUGGCGAACCUGGAACGCGAACUCGUUAAGGAGGGCGAAAAACUUAGUGAUGUGCUGGCGAUGCCAGUUAAAGAUGCGCUUGGCCGUGACCUACACAUCGACUAUAGCGAUGAUAUUUGCAAUGUACGCGAUAUUUUGGACACGACAUUGGCACGGCGUAAUAUUUUCAGUGACAGCGUUGAACUGCAGAAACUCACCUUGGAACAAGUGACACACAUUUAUACAUAUGAAAAAGAUGCGCGUAUGGCCAUUAAAUGGAUGGAGGAUUUGUACAAUGUCAUGAUCAAGUGCCAUUCGCAUGUCGGUUGUAAUAUACACGAGAUACAGGUGCAGAAGGAUGAAUUGCAGAUAUUUCAAGAAACUGGAAAGAGUAUCUACAACUACGGCUGUCAGCUGUUGGAAGCUUCACAAGCGCUACGAAUUUCCUGUCGCCUCGACGCCGACUCCAUACCGCAAGGCAUGUUGCAGCAAUUACAAUACACAUGGCACCGACUACAGGCCAUAAGUCAGGAGCACAUGACACGCUUACGCGUCUCAGCCGUUUUCCAUCGCAGCGUCGAGGAGUAUAGCCAACAACUGCAAGAGUUGCGCUUAUCAGUGCGCAAUCUAAAGCAGACGCCGAAUAGCAGCAGCGGCAUUAGCAGUGAAUCGGACACACGCGCAUCGCCGCCAAUCAUCAUCAGUGGACGAGAUGUGGUUGCCGAAACUGAUGCUGUUGAUGUUGAUGUGGAUGUGGUGGAUGUGGAUGUGGACGAGGGACGGCGUCAUAGGGUGGGUGGGUAUGUGGACAAAUCGACUACGACGACGAUGUCGGCAAAUGGUCCGGCAGCAUUACUACGCGAUCAGCUGCGUAAACAUUUGGUUGUACGCGAACAGCUGCUGCUCGAAGUGGGUCGCAUGAUGCGGUUGGGUAGGCUGUUGAAAACCCGUUUGAAAGAACCAUUUGUUUUGGAUGCCGUUACGGGUAUGAGCAGCAUUACAGUUGAUGAAUUAGCAACGGAUACUUCUUCAAGUCCUGCGGCCGAUAGGCUAACACAAUCUUCCUCCAGUCCAGCUGGUACGGUCGACAGUUCUAGCACCGCUGAUUCCAAUACGAUUGUCAUCAAACCGACAGGUAAUAAUAAUAUUGCCUGCGCGGCGAUCUCGAAUAAGUUGCAAGAAAUUGCUGAGGUCGCUGAAACUUUGGACGCGGCGAUACGUGAUGUCCAACAAGAUGCGGAGGCCUUGGAGGUGCAGGUGCCCAGCACGGCGGAGAAGAAGCGGGAGGCUAUGCGGAGUAUUAGUAGUGAGGACUGGCACUCACGUUCCACGGAGGACGACUCCUUCGUUACUGCAUCCGAGGGCAAUUUCACGCCCCACUCACACUCCUCAUCAUACCAAACAGCUUCCGGACGUACCUCCUCCUACAUUAGUUCCGUGAAGAGCUCUUUCGAUGUGAGCGAGGCUGAUGACUCCACCUUUGCCUCCACAUAUGAUAUACCCGUUGACCUUAAUAUGUCCUAUGAUGGUUCCGAGCAUAGUUUUGCCUCAGCCCAACAACAACAACCAGAAGCCACAACCUCACCACAUGAACGAGAAUUCGCUGCGAAUGAAGAAAGCUGUACAGAUGGCGCCUACGCAUUACCAAACACAAGGGCUGAGCAUGUCGACGAUGGCAGCAGCAUUGCAGACAUUGAAGAAUUACACAGUCAAAGUGUGACACCCACACCGGGUGAUGGUGAUGUUGAACAAUUUCAUUGCCAAAGUAUACCCGUCGAGUCGGAGACUGAAGAAUUGGACUCAUCUUCAACUGGCAUUGUCGAUGCACCAUCGUUGCAGGUGUUGACGGAAGUGGUGCCGAUCACAUCGGUGACACCGGAGGUGAGCACGUGUUCAAGUACUGACCAGCAACAAAAGCCUCAGCAACAACAGCUGUCAUUGGCGCAGCAACAGCAACAGCAAACGCACGCUAAUAACAACAAUACAAAUACUAACAAUAACAACACUAACAAUAGUAAUAGCAAUACUACAGCAACAACAGCAACAACAGCAAAUAAUCAAAAACCAAACGCCGCUUGGCGCCGCAGCAAAUAUUAUGAGAAUAUAACCAAGCAAACCAUUAAGGGUUUCCUCUGAGGCGCAAGAAAUACAUAUUUAUAUACAUAUUAUAUAUGUAUGUGAAAGCGAGUGUGUGUUUGAGGGCGAGGGCGAGUGCGGGGGCGAAGGCUGCGUUCGUUUGACAAUGCCAACGUCAACGCCAACGCAACACAGCGCACACAGUUCAGUAAGCUUUGCAUGCGCUGCUUUACACAUAAAUGUACAUUCGUACAUACAUAUGUACAUAUGUUCGUAUAUUUGUUUGUAUGUACGCUUGAAUAACAAUAUCCGAUAAUAUUGUUUUUUGAAAAAUAUAUUUGCUGAGUUAUACGCAACUAACCAUGAACUUAACCGAAACGCAGUCAACUGAGUGGCAUUAUUUGUGUAGCUCAGCAAUCGGAAAUGGCUACUGAAAACAAGCAAUCCAAAAAA